AUGCAAGAUUUGAUAAACCAACGUCAAUCGAUUCAAUCUUAUCUUGGCAAGCAAAGUGAAAAGGCAAGAAGUGAUUAUCGCAUGCGUUUAAAUGCCUCAAUUGAUGUAGCAAGAUUUCUCUUGACAUCGGGAUUUCCAUUUUGUGGACAUGAUGAAAGUGAAGGUUCUGAAUAUAAAGGUGCUUUUCUUGAACUUUUGAAAUGGUAUGGGGAUAGAAAUUUUGAUAUGGGAAGAAUAAUAUUAGGUAAUACUCCACAAAAUAAUAUGAUGAUUUGUCCGACAAUUCACAAAGAUAUUGUGGAGGCUUGUGCUAAAGAAACAACUAAGACUAUCAUUGAAGACUUGGACAGUGAUUAUUUUGGAAUAUUAGUUGAUGAAUCAAAGGAUGUCUCUCAUAAGGAGCAAAUGGCUCUAAUUUUGAGAUAUGUCAAAAAAAGUGGAAUGGUGAUAGAGCGAUUCUUGGAGAUUCACUUCGACAACAUCAAGAAGAUAAGUUCGAAGAGUUGCUUAAAUUUGGAGAAGUACAUACAGGGAAAGGAUAUGAAACGUGAUUGUCUAUAUCAUCGUGAUAGAUUUGCAGUGGAAAAUCUUUUGAAUAAGAUUUGUGAACUUGAAUUUGUCUUUAUGUUGCACUUGAUGUUUAAGGUGUUGCUAUUGACAAAUGAGUUGAAUAAAGUUUUACAAAAGAAAUAUCAAGAUAUCGUUAAAUCUAUGGGAUUGCUUGACCUUUCAAAGAAAAGAUUACAAAUGAUGAGAGAGGAUGAAUGGGACUCUAUGAAGGAUGAGGUUAGCUUAUUUUGUGGUAAACGUGGUAUUUUAAUUCCCAAAAUGGAUGAAGACUACUCUAAUGAAAAAUUGAAGCGUAAGAGGUCCAAUAUUUUAUAUUUGCAUCACUUUCGUGUGGAAGUAUUUUAUGCCAUCAAUGAUUUGACACUUCAAGAGCUCAAUAAUCAUUUUGGUGUGGUGACUAGUGACUUACUCCUCGGUAUGGCUAGUUUGAGUCCAGUUGAUUCAUUUGCUAAUUUUCACAAGGAUAGGAUAAUGAAACUAGCCGAGUACUAUCCAAGUGAGUUUGGUGAUAAAGAGCUUUGGGAAUUCAAUUUUCAACUCGACGAUUUUAUUGUCUAUGCUCAAAAGUGUGAUAGCAUGUUUCUCAACUUGAAGGGAAUCAAAGAUCUUGCAAGAAUGAUUAUAGAGACAAAACGAGAUCAAACUUGGUCACUUGUGUAUCUACUUGUGAAGCUAACUUUGAUUAGUCAUGUUGCUACCGCAAGCGUGAAAAGAGCAUUCUCGUCAAUGAAGUACAUAAAGAAUGAUUUACGUAUGGAUGAAGAUCUUUAG